AGUGAUGCGGGGUGGAGGUGUGGGCGUGGCUCCUCCUGCAUUACUCACCCGCCUUGUGUGUUUACUUUUCUUCCUCCUAAAAGUUGACUUGAAUAAGAAAUGUUUUUCUUGAGAUGGUGAUUAGUGGCAAUAAAGGAAGAGAAAAAAAAGUGGAGUCAACACAGUUACGGCUUGAAAGAGUGCAGGGGUCCUGUUUGUGUGGACUGGAUGAGGUAAUUUUGAGCGCGUUGGCCAGUCUGGUGGGGUGACACCUCGACCUGGGCACAUCCAAGGAGGGCAGCACUGAAUACUGCUUGUGAUAUUAGUGCUACUGACAUACUCUACCGGUUUGCAAGAUGUAAUUUAUAUUACGAGAAAAGAUACGAGAGACUUAAAUGCAGGAUGUCCUUCAAUGAAUUCAGCAGCAAUUCAAGAUCUCGGCCUCCCUUCCCGCGAUCAUUUUCCUCGGUUGUGGAAUGAAUCAUCCCUGCAUCCUGAGAGCGUGCAGCCUCCUUCGUAACGUCAAACAACAGUUCAGUGUAACGAGGUUCUGCGGCCUUUCAAGAGACAAGGAAGAUGGAGGUGGAUUCUUGGGUGAGUGUGCAAGCCAGAAGGGAACGGUUUGAGCAGCUCUAUGAAGACAGUCCUAUUGCCUCCCCUCAAAAUGCUCCCUUCCACCCAACCCCAAGACCCAGAACCUUAUCUGCACCCUACAAGAAUUUACCAAACUGUGAUGAACUCAGGACAUCCCGAGCAAAAAACACCCCAAUAAGUAAUCAUGAAUCGAACUAUAAAAUGUCAAAGUAUGCUUCAAAUAAUGACUCUUGCUCAGGAAGUUCUGAAGUGCCUAUUUCUGGAAAAGUUCUCCAGAAUAUCAAAAUGAAAGAGCAAGGUAAUCAUUCAGGUCAAAAAGAUGAAGUGCCUUUAGAGAGCAAUGCAACACCCAUAUCUAGUGCCACAAAGAAAACCUCAGUGUUCAAACCUGCCAGUUCAGUUACUAACAGAAAAGAUAUGCAAGAUGAAGGAGCAGAGACACCUACAAGUGACACUCAAGGAAAAAGAGGACGAUUUUUUUCUCACAUGCGUUCAAGAUCUCAUGGAAACUUUGCAAUGAAAAGAGAUUCAAGUGCAGAAACAAACACCACAGUAGGCCAGCAGAAUGGUGUCAUGGGACUUAGAGAAAACAAGGUUCACUGGCUUACUCCAAAGUAUAAACAAAGAAGUAUAGAUAACUUGUUGAGCAAUGAAGAUUCUAAGUGCAGUUCAUCAUUUGAAGGCAAGCAAAAGCUUGUGUCAAAUGUUGUGAAAAACAUGAAAAACAAAGAAACACCAACUAUAUUAAGAAAAUUCAGCUUUUCAUCAAAAAAUGAAAAAGAUAUGAAAAAUCUUAAGGAAAAAUCUGUUCUUCCAAAUACAAGACAUAAGCAAUCUAGUAUUUUCCCCUCUGUAUCAGAAAAAUCAAACAAUCACAAGUCUAGUAGUAGGGAUUCAGGAAUUAACAUGGAUCACAGACUUAUCACAGAGGAAAAAACAUCAAAAACUAAAUCUCAUGCCUCAGAUAUUGCUAUAGUUCCAGUCCUAAUUGCAAAAGCAGUGGCAGAGGUUGCAUCCAAAAGGUGUGCUGCACAAACAUAUGACAAAACUAGCAGUGCAUCAUCCUUGUCCAGUGAAGACAGGCUUUGUGACCCACCUGCAAGACCUCCACGCCGGCGGGCAGCAGGUCUUGGUCCAAAUCCUCGGAGGAAGGGUAAGGCACCUUCUCCUCCCAGUCAAUCCUCACCCAUUGCAAUUAACCAGAAUCAAGAAAUUCAUGGUGACUCAUCAUAUCAGAUUUCUUCACCUGAUGCAUCUCCUGACAUCAUCUCAAGAAGAUUUAGGGACUCAAGUGAUCAUUUUAAAUCAUGUGAAUCUCUUGCAUCGUGUCACUCUCCAGAGAGGUCCUUUGAGAAUUUGCAUGAAAUCACACAUGCAACCUCUACGCCUGUGAGCAAAUGCACAAGUACCAUUGAUUCAAAACCUAGAUGUAAAUCUUCAAGUGGACAACGGCAUGGGGAUGAUGGAAAAAAGGAUAUAUUCAAAAGUGAGAUUCUGUCAGUAAACUUGAAAAGCAUUAAAGCAAAUACAAUGGGAGAAAAUCACCAUGAUAAGAAUGAAACCUCAGAACAAAAAAGUACCACAGAGGUGGAAGGCUUGCCACCUGGUCCACCUCCUAAAAAACCUCCAAGAACCUUUGCCUAUGACAUUUACAAAAAUAUUAGCAUGCCUUCACUUGAAAUUGAAGGUGAUGAUGGUAGUAAAAAGGAGAAGACUGAGGAAAAGAGUUCCCCACCAAUUUAUGCUGUACCAAUCAAAAAGAAGAAUAACAAGAUGAUCCCUAAGCCACCUGUUAGAAGCAAAAGUGACCUAUCCAAGGAGAGUAAUAAACCAUCAGUUGCUCCUAAACCUCCUCAUGUUCUGGCCAAGGCUAAGAGAGCUUCCCUGGUUGACCCUCUUUCCAAUGUAGAGAAAGAUGAAGAAACAACCAUUACAUCAGAGUUUCAGCGGCAGGCACAUGUUCGUUACAGCCUUCGGAAACCAAACCAGUUAUCAUCUACUUCAUCUCAUGAUAAGAUAGAAAAUACCCAGGACAACUCACAUCCAAAGCAUGAGAACAGUUCUUCAGAGAUUCAUUAUCAUCCUAACUAUUCUACUAUUGAUUAUGAAGAUGAAAAUAACCUUACAUCAGAUUAUAGUAAGCCAAAAAGAGACACUAGUUCCAAGGUCAGCAAUUCUCCAGGGUCAAGAGAAAUCAGGAGCCAGCCCAUGGGUAUGUCUUCUCCAAAUAAAGAUAAGUGCCACAGUGAAUAUGAGGACAUUGCACCUAUGACCUCAUCCAACUCAUCCACUGAAAAUGAGCAACCGUUGUCGCUGACGUACUGCUUUGCCAACACUCCUCUGCCUGAUGUGACGCACCUGCACACCAAACGCAGCAUGAGUGAUGAAACUCUCUACAAGGGGUGCAAGAAAGAAGAGCCUGUCUAUGCAACACCCACAUUCAAAACGAAUAACUACCAAAGAGAUCAAACAAGUCAAAAAGAACUCCACUACAUGUGUUCCGUCCUUUUCACUGAUGAGGAGGAGGCAGACGCUGGUCGGGACAGAGCUGAGUGCAGAAUCAGAAGGAACAGCAUCCAAGGAAGGGAGAAGGUUUCAGGCUCAGAGGCCGAGGAUGGCAGUAAAGGAAGAUCAAGCUUGAUAUCAGCCUGGAAGAGAGAGUUUCGUCAGAGUUGCCGCCAAGUUCAGAGCAGAAUAAAAAAAACUGUCAUCAGAUAGUAUGAACUGUGUAAUUUUACGUAAAGGUUUAUCUGUUUGCUAAAAAAUCAGGAUUUGGGAUUUGGUGAGUUCUACACUAAGCUUUAAUCUUCUACAUGGGAGAGGUGUUGGGUUAUGAAUGGACAUACUGAACUCAGGAGCCUCUCAUAUGUAGUGUGUUGUGAGGAUGAAUGUGUUGUGAUACAAUAUUGUAAAGAACUGAUAGACCAAAGUUAUACUAAGUGUAUUUUUAUUGGUAGUAAUCAGCAAAGAUAAAAAAAAAUUACUGAAAGAAAAGAUGUACCUCUUCUUAGGUAAAUACCUAACUGUCUGAGUUGAAUAAAGUGAAAAUGAUAUGUUUUCAGGUUAGAAAAACACUUUUACAUUUAUAUUUAAAUUCAUGUAUGGUUAAACAUAAUGCUUUCAAGGAUGUGCACUCAAAUGAUUCCUCAACUUUGAGAUGCUUUGGCUUCAUAAUAUAAAGGUAACAUAAUUUAGCAAUGAAAGGCAUCAAAUAGUCACCAGGUAUUCACUCUGCCAGUAGAAAAUGCAUACAGAGUAUCAAAGAAUAAUGAAUCAUACUACUUAAAUAUUAGAUUAAUAAUGAAAUACUAAUGAACUUUUUUCAAAAGUACAGCAAUUUAAAUGUCUAAUAACAUUACAGAUGCUCUUGAGCCUUUGUAGAGCCAGACAAAGAUCUUAACAUGACAGGGCUGCUUGGUACAGCACUUUGUAAAUAAAUUUGGGUUCAGUGACAAAAGAUACAUCUGGUCAUAAAUGAAUUACUGUAGCUAUACUUCAAUGCACAUGCAAUACAUGUAUGAGUGAUAUUAAAAAUAAAUAUUAUCAAGUUCA